AUGUCGGGGGCCCUGAGCAAGCGCAGCGACCUGGCCAACGACAACCGGUGCCCGGGGCUGAGCCUGGGGCUGGGAGCGCCCCCCGACCCCCGCACCGGCCCCGGGGGGGCCCCGGCCGAGGAGCUGCCCGGCGCCGGGUGGGCGAAGGCCGGGCAGGACCAGAACCGCAACGAGCUCGAGCCGGGGCCGGGGCCCGGGCCGGGCCGGUCCCCCGGGGCGCACGGGGAGUCCCCCGGAGCGCUCGAGCCGGGGGUCCAGGCCCGCAAUGCCCGGAACGCCGCCGGGGACCCACGGGAGGACGAGGAGGAGGAGGACGGGGUCGGGGUCUCUCCACCGGCUCUGGGCACGGAGCGGGGCCUGCGGGAGCCCCCGGGGCGCAGCGCCAGCCACCUCUUCGGGGGACCCGGCCCCGGCAGCGACGAGGACUCGAGCUGGGCCACGCUGAGCCAGGGCAGCCCCGGCAGCUCCCCCGAUGAGCCAGAGUCGCUGUGGCCGUGUGGUGCAGGAGCACACGGGGACCUGCCCCCCGGGUGGCUGCGGGUGCAGGACACCUCAGGCACCUACUACUGGCAUGUCCCCACUGGUACCACUCAGUGGGAGCCCCCCGGCGGGCCCCAUGAGACCCCUUCCGAUGGCAGCACCCCCACCGAGGGGCCCACCCUCUCCUGGACGAGCUUUGCCCCGGCCGAGACCUUCAAUGAUGGGGACUUGUGGAAGGACCCCACAGCUGAGGAGGAGGAAGAGGAGGAGGAAGAGGAAGAUGAGGAGCCAGGAGUGUCAGACCUGGAGAUGCUGUCACCAGGCCCAGGAUCACCAGGAGAGGGCAUGGCCCUGGGUGAGGAGGAUGCGCUGGUCUCCAAGGGUCUCCCGGUUCGCUCUCUGGGCUGGGUGCAGCUGCGGGAGGAGGAGCUGGGUCCCGGCCGCAGCAGCAGCGCUGUCAGCGCCUGCAUCCGGCAGCUCUCGGGGCCUCGUGAUGGUCCUCCCGGCAGCUGGGGGGAGGCACGGGCGCUGCUGCUGCUCGAGGACCGCACGCUGAAGCUCGUGGACCCCCAGGACCGGGCACUGCUGCACGCACAGCCCGUGGGCGGCAUCCGCGUGUGGGGCGUGGGGCGGCACGGCAGCAGGGACUUUGCAUACGUGGCCCGGGACCCCUUGACGCAGGUGCUGAAGUGCCACGUGUUCCGCUGCGAGGGGCCAGCCAGCGCCAUCGCUGCCGGGCUGCACCGGGUCUGUGCCCAGCUGACGGCAGAGCGGCGAAGUGCCCGGGCAGCAGGCAACGGCCUGGGGACAGAGCCCCCCCGGCUGGGGGAGCCUCCCCUGCAGGUGGAGUUCCCAGCCCCCAAGAGUGAGGUGGUUCAGCGCUUCCCCGUGUGUUACCUGGGCUGUGUCCCUGUUGCCAAGCCAGUAGGCAUGGACGUGAUCAACGCGGCACUGGAGGCAGCGCUGGCCCCUGGCUCAGGGGAGCCCCCUGCACCCACCCCCGUGGUGGUCAGUGUGGCCCCCGCCACCCUCACCAUUGCUCACCGCCAGACAGAGGCGGUGCUGUGCGAGUGCCGCGUGCGGUUCCUGUCCUUCAUGGGGGUGGGACGCGACGUCCGCGCCUUCGCCUUCAUCAUGGCCAGCGCCCCCGGCACCUUCCGCUGCCACAUGGUGUGGUGUGAGCCCAACGCCGCGGGGCUCAGCGAGGCGCUGCAGGCCGCCUGCGUGCUCCGCUACCAGAAGUGCCUGGAUGCGCGGCCCCAGGCCUCCAGCUCCUGCCUGCCGGCGCCCCCGGCUGACUCGGUGGCAAGGCGGGUGGGCUCCUCUGUGCGCCGGGGGGUGCAGACCCUCCUGGGGACCCUCAAACCGCGGCGGGGAGGGGCGCAGACCCCCUGA